AUGGUCUUAUCAUAUAGUGCCAUUGCUAAACCCACAUCAACAACUCCAAUUGUCAUUUCAAUAGCAUCAUCACCAGCACAAUUACCUUCAGCAUCUUCGAAAUCUGAACCCACAAAGGAAAUUGAGCAAGAUGCGAUCGCAGGUCCGUCAAAACAACCAAGCCUUUCUUCUCCAUCAUCAAUAACAGACUCUCAAUCGAUACAUACUCCCAACAAUGCGUCUGGUAGUACUAGCUCUAUUUCAGCCAUAGAGCAUCUGAUAUUGGACGCAGGACCUUUACUGUCUUUGACACCUUUAAGACAUUUAGCUACAUCUUUCCAUACCACGCCUAUGGUGUUGGCUGAAUUGAGAGAUGCGAAAGCUCGAGAACACUGGGAAAGAUUAGGCUUAUCAGGUGUAGAAGUUACUGUUGAACACCCUUCCUCUCAAGCUAUGGCUGCUGUCACUGCAUUCGCUAAGAAGACGGGAGAUUUCGCUGUGCUUUCACAAACAGAUUUAUCAGUAGCUGCAUUGGCUUGGCAAUACGAAGUAAAAGUAAACGGAUUAGAAGGUAUAAGGACGGAACCUGGACAAAAGAUCAAAAAGCCUUCGAAGAUAAUUGAAGAGGAAGGUCCAGCUCAAGAGAAAAAUGAAUCGGAUUUACAGGAACAGCAAGCUGACAAGCAAGAAAACGUACAGGAAGAGCAAGUUGAGAUUGAUGAGGAGAGCCAAGACGAGGAAGAGGAUGAAAGAGUUCAAAUUGAGGAAGUCACACAGUCAAUAGAACAGGUUUUGCUGGAUUCCAAUAAUCAAUCCAUAGAAGAAGAACAACCUUCUUCUACAAAUGACGAACCUGUCAUAUCGGAACCAACAUCCACUGAAACACCCGCUCAAACGAUGGCUGACGACGCUACACCCCAAGAUAUAGAAGAUGAAUCUGACGGAGGUGAAUGGAUUAACCCUUCGAAUCUCACAACUCAUCGUUCUCGUGAUUUAGGAUUGAUCACUCCAGGUGGAUCAGCAGCUAAACCUCCAAAAGUCGCAGCUAUGACUGGUGAUUUCGCUGUUCAAAAUAUCCUUUUAGGAAUGGGAUUAGGUUUAGUGGGUGAAGGUGGAAAGAGAAUUAGUAAAGUCAAAAGCUUCGUACUGAGAUGUCAUGCUUGUUUCAAGAUAUGUAAAGACUCUUCGAAAAGAUUCUGUCCAUCAUGUGGGAAUGCAACAUUAUUGAGAACAACGGUAUCUGUAGAUUCCAAAACCGGAAAACAAAGUCUACACUUGAAGAAGAAUUUCCAAUACCAUUUACGUGGAACUCAAUAUUCUAUACCUGAUCCUAAGAUGGGAAGAGCCAAAGGACAGUUAAAAGGUGGAAGCGGAUUGAUCUUGAGAGAAGAUCAACAGGAAUGGUCAGAUGCAGUUAGAUCACAGGAUAGAGAAAGAUAUAAAGAUGAGAAGAGAAGAGCUAAAGGUGCUUUACAGGGUUGGAACGAUCCUGAUUGGUUACCUGAGAUCAUUACUGUGGGAACAUCAGGUAAAGGUCGCUCGAAUGGUAACAACAUGCCUUCGAUAGGUCACGGAAGGAAGAAUCCUAAUCAAGCUAGGAGGAAAAGAUAA